AUGUCGACCGCCACUUCAAUCAUCAGCUCUGGCUCGGACAGGCUAGAUGCCUGGACUCGACGAUCACAGCCUAAAAUCGAAAUAAAUCUUGAAGGACAAAAGCCAGGACAUGUCAACUCUUAUACCACCGGAGAGAGUAUUGAUGGCAGCAUAACCGUCACUGUUGACCACGAGACUCGAUUUGAUGAGAUUGAGAUUGUCUUUGAAGGUGUAUCUGCCACUACGGUAGAACGGGCAUCAUGUCCCGGCCGCACAGGAUCGCAACAGAUGUUUCUCAAGUUGCGCCAGCCUAUUGACGAAAUGGAAUAUCCGACCCCUCGAGUUCUAGAGAGUGGCCGAUCAUAUGAAUACCCCUUCACAUUCGUCGUUCCAGACCGCCUACUUCCCCAGGUCUGCACCCACGCCAAGAGCAAUGCUCACAUUCAACGAUCCCACACUAUGCUUCCGCCAACAUUGGGUGAUCCCAUCCUUGCCAGCAAUGGCAAGACACUACUAGAUGAUAUGGCACCCAGCAUGUCCCAGAUUGGCUACACAGUUCGAGCAUCCGUUCUUCAGAAACAACUCGCUGGCUCUGGAGUCGUGGCCAUUGCCGGCAUUGCCAAGAAAGUCCGUAUCAUCCCAGUUGUUGAAGAAGAACCACCCAUGGAAACUUCCGCCAGUUCAGCUUUUUGCACACGUAAAGAGAAGAGUGUAAAGCGCGGAACUUUGCGAGGCAAAUUGGGACGGAUCGUCGCUUCAUCGUCCCAACCCAAACCGAUUCAAUUGCUUCCUCCGGACGGCGAGCCAACCGAUACCGUCAGCACGGUGGCUACGGUAAACCUACGAUUCGAUCCAGUCGGCGACGAGCAACCUCCCCCACUGGGAACAAUGACCAGUAAACUCCGCGUCAACACAUUUUUCAGUGCAGCCCCAUGGGACGACUUCCCUUCCACAACAGGCAUGCCCUUCGCCCAUAUCGGAUGCGGCCUCUACACAGAAAGCGUCGCUCUAUUGACCAUGUGUGUCGCAUCCGCUCAGUGGACAAAGCAAUCGACAGCCGCCGACUGUAUGCGCCGCGACUCUACUGACUCAUCCUCAUCCGAUUCAUCAACCGGUCCAUCCUCCGCAUUCACCGGAGACACCUACUACACCGCCUCAAUCGUCGUCCCCGUCACACUGCCCAAGUCAAAGGCCUUCGUCCCGACUUUCCACUCCUGUCUGAUGUCUCGUACCUACGCCCUCGAUCUCUCCUUGACAUACCACACCCCGGCAGCCAACAUCAUGACACCGACAAUCUCUCUCCGUCUGCCGGUCCAGUUCACGAGCCAGGCAAAGAGCACUGAAUCCAUCAAGACUGCGCUUGGUGUUACUGUCACACAGCAAGAACUGGACGAGUUCUUCCACCCACGAAAUGUGACUUCUCCCACCGACUUUUCCAACCACGCUCGGAGUGAUGUGGUUGACGUGGGCUUUGCCCCACCGGAGUACUCGGAACGAUUGAGUACGUCGAGAGCCAGUCGCUAA